AUGUCAGCAACCUCGCCACACUACAGGUCCCCUCAUCCGACCAGUGAUGCCUAUGGUCCCCCGUAUGACCCACAUGCAUCCCAUCAAGCGUUAACAAAUGCGAGGGGAGCUAGACCCAAAGAGACAUAUUCCUCCCCCGAGUAUGUGUAUACGAAUGAGGUGUCAACAUAUCGUCGACCAUGGUGGAUGUUAGGCUUUGAGAAAAAGAUGACACCAGUACUUUUUGUAAUAUUCGGGGGUGCUAUUCUUGGAUUUUCACUCUCAAGAACACCCAUGUUGAAUUUCAAUCGGUUGCUUCAGAUGACCACGCCAGGGGAGGGAUUUUGGUAUGAGCAGGCACCCUUCAAAGCCAAUAUCAUAAUACACAUAUUCACAAGUUUGCCUGCGAGUUUCUUCUCAGUCUUCCUAUUUUUGCCGAUCACUUGGAAGCGCUGGCCUAAAUUCCAUAGCAUAUUUGGUUAUAUUCUGUCCCUCCUACUCGUGAUCAGUCUCGUAUGCGGUUCAAUUCUUGGAAGGCGCGCUCAAGGGGGCGACCUCAAUAUGCAGUCUGCCGUGUACAUGCUUGGUUCGGCUUCGGCAUACGCAGUCGUCAUGGGGUGCUUGGAAGCUAGGCGUGGAGCCAUCGACAUGCACCGAGAAUACAUGUUGCGCGCUUGGUUCUAUAAUGGAGCCUUCGUCACGACUCGUGUCACCGCACUCAUCUCUGCACAUAUCAUCACUGCCAUAAAUGGAUACUUCUCCCUCUGGAAAUGUGCCGAAGUUGGUUACGUACUAAAGACCAGAGAGGCUCUCAUCCAAGCCUAUCCCGAGUGUGGAACUUCGACAGCUCUGGAGAAACCAAAGUGGACUCACGUCGCGGUUCACGCCUCCUGGAAUGAAGGUCCCUUGGGUAGGGGAUCUGCGAGCCGCGCGAGUUUUGGUAUGGCGCUCUGGGUAGCCAUGUUUCUUCAUAUUCUCGGAAUCGAGCUCUAUUUGCGGUAUACCCAGGACGAGUCGAAGAAAUGGCGUGAGUGGUCUGAGAGGAGAGCUAAUGGGCAAGAUCAAACGGAGUUACCAAAUAGAAUGCCUCGGUAUGGGGAUUGUUUAAUAGAUGUCACUCCACUUCUGAAACACUCUAAUUCUCAAUAG